GAUUCCCAUAGUUCACUAAUUUUUCAUGUUCAAGUUGAAUAUAAAGAAAUUGUUGCUUAUUUUAUAUUUGCACUCAACGGCACAUAUGUAAGAGCUGGAAUUGAACAUGGAUGCUUUACUCUAGGAAAGCAUUGAUAGGUUGUCCCAACGACAUAUCCAGAUUCCUCUAUUUCUCUCUGUUUUCUUCAGCUCUACUCUUGAAAAAGAAAAAGAAAAAGAAAAAGAAAAGAUGGUGUUGUCCCAACUAGCAUUAGAUCAGAUUAGUUUUGUAGGAAACCAGAAGCCCAUGUCUAACCCUGGCAUUCCAACCAUAGACCUGUCAAAACCCGAGUCCAAAACUCUUCUUGUGAAAGCCUGUGAAGAGUUUGGAUUCUUCAACCAUGGCAUUCCAUUAGAGUUCAUCGAUAGGUUAAAAGAUGAGGCUAUAAAGUUCUUCUCCUUACCUCAACCUGAAAUGGAAAAAGCUGGCCAUGUUAAUCCGUUUGGGUAUGGAAACAAUAGGAUUGGACCCAAUGGUGAUGUGGGCUGGAUUGAGUAUCCCCUCUUUCAAACCAAUGCCAAUUCCAUUUCUCAGAGAUCUUGGGCCAUUUAUAGAGAAAACCCAAAAAUCUUUUGCUCUACUGUGAGUGAUUACAUAUCAGCUGUGAAGAAAUUAGCUUGUGGAGUUCUUGAAUCUUUAACUGAAGGGCUGAAGGUUGAACCAAGCUUAACUGGUUUUGGAGAACACAUUGACCCUCAGAUAAUAUCAGUUCUAAGAUCAAACAAUACAUCAGGCCUUCAAAUCUCUCUCAGUGAUGGGAGCUGGGUUUCAGUCCCACCUGACCACAACUCCUUUGUCAUUGUUGGUGAUUCCUUGCAGAAUGGGCUUAAUAUGGUGGACCCAAUUGAGAAUGGGAGAGCAGCAGUAUUGUAAGAGUUAUGGUGAAGUACAGAUACAUCUCUGGAAGGAGGCUAGGUUGCUUGGAGUUGUUUGAAUCAUAGGAUGAGGCAUCAACCUUCACGUUGCUAACCAUGUAAUCAUUGUUGACGGUUCGUGGAACCCUACUUAUGAUCUUCAGGCUUAGGUUUGGAGGUAUAGGCAAACAAAGCCAGUUUAUGCAUAUCGUUUGAUGGCACAUGGAACUAUGGAAGAAAAAAUAUAUAAACAGUAAGUGAGAAAAGAGGGACUUGCUGUAAAGGGUGGUUGAUAGGCAACAAAUACAUCGGACCAUUUUUAAGGAGGUCCUGCAUCUCUUGGAUUUGUAUUUUAAUUGAUGGGACAUAAUUAUGAUGAUCAUUUGUUAAGUUUUCAGGGAAAAUGAUAUUCUUUACGUUAUCUUAUUUCAUCAGUAGCUGACCUAAUUUUGGCUAUUUACUAUAUAUUUAGAUCAGUUACUUAUUCAGGCCUUUUGAGCAUCCAAACACAUUGAUAUUUAAUCUAGUUUCAUAUUCAGCCCAAUCUUGUGAAUGUGU